GGAGGUGACCUUACUGAAGAAUUAUUGAAUUUCAGGAUACUUCAGGUUGAUACAUUUGAACGUUUCAGUAAUUAUUUGCAGGUUUUGUUAGUCAAAUCUGUUGGGUUUGAGUCGUGGCUUUAUAGAGUCCGCUGGUUGAAGCAGUAACUAGUUAUCUUUAUUACUAACGUUUACUGGAAAUAAAAGCAGUUGAUGUGAGAUCAGGAAUGGCAGAAGGACAGCAGGCUCGCGUGCAGAAGGCAGUGGAGGAUAUGGUUCAGAGUCUGGAGAAAGAUCACAUCCGUAAGAUGCAGGGGCGUAUGUUCCGCUGCAGUGCAGAGUGUUGUGAGAAUCCUGGCCACUCCAUGAACCAGGUGCACCAGUGUAUAGAUCGCUGCCACGCACCGCUGGCUAAAGCUCAAGGACUGGUCACCAGUGAACUCGAGCAGUUUCAGGAUCGUCUCUCGAGGUGUACAAUGCACUGUAAUGACAAAGCCAAAGAUCUGUUUGACUCCGGGGGGAAGGAGGUAGCCGUGCGGGCGCUGAUGGACAGCUGUGUAAGCAGCUGUGUGGAUGAGCACCUGAACCUGCUGCCCAGCAUGACUCGCAGACUGAAGGACAGCCUGAACUCAAUACCUCAGUGAAGCCUGUAGGCUGUAUGAAAUAAUUCUUGUGGACUCAUAAGUUUACUGGAUAGAAGAAUGUGGUCUUUGCUAUCGCCUAACUGUGACUUGGUGAAUGGUUUGUGCUGAUUUCUGUGUCCAUAUUGUUUGUUUUUUGUACAGACAAUAAAUAAUGUGAUCAAACCAGCUUGCUGGCUGUUAAAUGAUAAA